CAAACUGUAGGUGAAAAAAGACAAAAUUAGUUGGUUUAAAAGUUUUGAAAAUUUCUAACUCUGAUUAUGUAUAUCUGAAACAAUUGGAUGCAUGUGUUGUUAUUUGCUAGAGACCUGCAAAAAGGGGAAAUGGGAAGAAAGAUUUUGUGGUUUAGUUUCAGCCUCGUGAUUGAGUCUGACAAUAUUUUAUUGUCAGAGAUAUAAGAAGCCAAGAAAAGAAAACCAUUUUGAGGUUCCCCAUUUCUUUCCUAGAGAGAAAAUGAGAGAAAUAAGGCUAGCUUUGGUGCUGAUUUUUUCCUGGGCUAUUAGUGUUGCCUCUUCCAGCCUCCUUUCACCUAAAGGUGUCAACUUUGAAGUUGCUGCCUUGAUGGGAAUGAAGAGAGAGAUGAGAGAUGAGAAUCAUGUUCUUGAUGGAUGGGAUAUCAACUCUGUGGAUCCUUGCACUUGGUACAUGGUUGGCUGCUCUCCAGAAAGCUUUGUCAUUUCUUUGUGGAGAAAUGCCUAGUAUGGGAUUAUCUGGAACUCUUUCACCAAGUAUUGGCAACUUAACUCAUCUUCGCACAAUGUUGUUACAGAAUAAUCAGAUAUCGGGGAACAUUCCCUCCGAGAUUGGGAAACUUUCGGAGUUACAAACUCUUGAUCUCUCUGGUAAUAAGUUCGAUGGUGGGAUUCCGGGCUCUGUGGGCCGUCUGUCUCGACUGAGUUACUUGAAACUUAGCAAGAACAAGUUAUCGGGACAAAUCCCUCAAGAUGUAGCUAGCCUAACGGGUCUUUCUGUCUUGGACUUAUCGUUUAAUAACUUGAGCGGCCACGUCCCUAAGAUUCUUGCUAAAGACUACAGUGUCGCAGGAAACGUCUUUCUAUGCUCUUCAAACUCACAAAUUUGUAUGGCUGCUCCAAAACCACUCAAUGAAACAGCUUCGUAUCCAAAGAUUAUCGGCCACCAUCGUCAUCAUCUAGCCGUUGCUGUCGUUAUCGGAGUCAGCUGCGCAUUUCUCAUUUCUAUCUUACUCCUUGUAUGCUGGGUGCACUUGUAUAGGUCUCGCGUCCUCUACAAAUCAUACGUGCAGCAAGACUACGAGUUCAACAUCGGGCACCAAAAACGUUUCUCGCUACGCGAGCUGCAAACAGCAACAAACAACUUCAGCCCCAAGAACAUACUCGGGCAAGGAGGGUUCGGAGUGGUUUUCAGAGGCGUUCUUCCGAACAAAACAGUGGUAGCAGUGAAGAGACUCAAAGACCCGAGCUUCACCGGGGAAGUGCAGUUUCAGACAGAAGUCGAGAUGAUAGGACUAGCGCUGCACAGGAACCUUCUCCGUUUGUACGGCUUCUGCAUGACCGCCGAGGAUAAACUACUCGUCUAUCCCUAUAUGCCUAACGGCAGCGUUGCAGAUCGUCUCCGAGAUCCCGCGCAGGAAAACCCGUCUCUCGAUUGGGGCAAGCGAAUGCGCGUUGCUCUCGGAGCUUCUCGCGGCCUCCUAUACCUACACGAGCAGUGCAAUCCGAAAAUCAUCCACAGGGACGUCAAGGCUGCAAACAUCUUGCUGGAUGAGAGUUUCGAGGCCGUUGUCGGAGAUUUCGGCCUGGCCAAGCUUUUAGACCCUCGGGACUCGCACGUGACCACAGCGGUCCGUGGCACUGUGGGGCAUAUCGCGCCAGAGUAUCUCUCAACAGGGCAGUCGUCGGACAAGACUGAUGUGUUCGGUUUUGGGAUACUGCUGCUGGAGCUGGUCACGGGGCAGAAGCCGUUGGACACUGCCAAUGCGUCCAACGGGCAGGUGCAGCGAGGGAUGAUCCUCGACUGGGUUAGAACUUUGCACGCAGAGAAGAGACUCGAGGAGCUUGUAGAUAGGAAUCUGAAGGGGUGCUUUGAUCCGGACGAGCUAGAGAAGGCCGUGGAGCUAGCCCUGCAGUGUACUCAGUCGCAUCCGGAUGUCCGGCCUAAAAUGUCGCACGUGUCGAUGAUCUUGGAAGGGAUAAACGGGCAGCUGGAGCAGCCGGCGGCGCAGGGUGGCGUGGACCUAUGUCAAGGUCGAACGUUUAGUUUCUCGUUGAAUUUUAACGAAACCUGUGAAGAGUCGUCGUUCGUAAUUGAGGCCAUUGAGCUUUCAGGUCCUAGGUAAGGUCAGUUGUUAGGGAGAGUCUUGGGUGAGACUGUGUAUGUUUGGUCAAAAUCGACAUCCAAAUUGAUAUUCAGUUGAAUAUCACUUUGGAUUUGAAUCUUGAUUCUUCUCAAUGGUUAGAUGGUUUGGCAUCA